AUAACCCGUCGUGGCUUCCCAAACACGCCUCUAUGCACCGAUUCCACGACCGCCGCUGUCUACACCGAGACAGCUCUCAUCCGCGGUCCCGGAACGCGUUCAAAACUAUGCCCUUGAACCAUCUCCAAUCUGGAACUGUCUGAUUUAUGACUAGCAUCGGUGGAUUGUGCACUUGCCACUGCAAAUGCAGCGACACCGGUCGGGUCGGGAAAUCAAAUGCAUUGCUCACCGGAUGCUCUCGGGUUUCAUUUCUUUCACUGGUUGUAAAUGUGUCAGGACUCGGCACCUAGAACACUGUAAAUCUGCUCUCCUCGCGUCAUCCAUACAGUUCCUCGCGCGCUUCCUUGUUUCAGGCCAAUUGCGGGACGGGCUGAAGCCACAGAGGAGGGGGUGGUCUCCGGUAUCCGGUUCUUUCCGUAAUCCUGCGCCGGUGGAAUUUUAAAUCCGUCCCUCCAGCGGGAUCUGCACAGUGGAGACUGUUUACGGGGACUGCUACAUUGCAUUGUUAUUUAGAACGCUUAAAUGUUGCAUUGUAACGUUCGCAGAAUGCUUGUUGUUGUUUUUAGAACGUUUAAUUGACACAUCGUCACGCUCGCGUUGUUUAGAACGUUAUUAUUUAAUAUUUGCGGAAUGACGAUUUUGUUUAGAAGGUUAAAUGGUUACAUUAUAGCUCGCGCAGAAUGAGCGUUUCGGAACGUUUAGAACUUUUCUGUGUUACACUGUAACAUUGCAAAAGUGAGCGGAGCAGCCCAGCGGGAUCCGGUGUAAAUAUUCAACAAAUGAUAGAGGAGGAGUCGGUGCACGAUAAAAGGGAUGUGAACCGAGAGCAGAGAGCUUUGGACUCGGUUUAAAGCGCGCGUUCACGGUGUUCUCUUCAGUUUGCUUGAAGUCCUGCUGCUUUAUUAUGACGAGUGAUCUCUCGUAACAGGAUUUGGGCAUUAUCGAUCGGAUUAUGAGUGAUUAUCCAUGCAAAGUGAAACGAGAUUGACUUAGUUUCAGAUCUUGAGGGGAUUUUUUUUCCCUGUUCUUCUUUUCCACCCGUUGGGAAGCAUAUGAUAAAAGAGUUAUUCUGGAAACAUAUUUGCAUCCGUUCUGUAUAGGAUGCACCCAGAAAGCGAUGAAAACACUGCAGGAGCAGCCAGUUUGGAGGAGUCGACCACUGAACCGCAGGCUGGACAUACUGAACACUCUGCAAUGGAGCACAAAGACCCGCAGGAGUACGAGGAACCGGAGCGUAAACUGGCUCCGGAGGACAGCACGGUGCAGCUGAUACAAACCGGCUGCUCCGACAAGCGUCCGGCGACGCCGCCCGGCGCACACCCGGGACCGCUGUUCGUUCCCCCAGAGGGAGGUUUCGGCUGGGUCGUGGUGUUCGCUGCUACAUGGUGCAACGGCUCGAUUUUCGGCAUCCAGAACUCAUUCGGGAUUCUGCACAUGAUGCUUGUGAAAGACCAUCAGGAACUGACGGACAAGGCGUCUCAAUUUAAAGUGGCAUGGGUUGGUGCUCUGGCGAUGGGGAUGAUAUUUUUCUGCUCUCCGGUGGUCAGUAUGUUCACCGAUCACUUCGGAUGCCGGAAGACAGCCGUCUGCGGAGCAUUUGUGGCCUUCCUCGGUCUUCUCACCAGUUCCUUCGCAACCACGCUGGGUCUUCGAUACUUCACAUACGGGAUACUGUUCGGCUGUGGAUCCUCAUUCGCAUUCCAGCCGUCUCUGGUGAUCCUGGGGCAUUAUUUUCGACAGAGACUGGGUUUGGCCAACGGCGUGGUGACGGCAGGCAGCAGCCUCUUUUCUAUGGGGCUCCCUGUGCUGCUCAAGAAAGUGGUGGGACCGCUGGGCCUUCCCAGAACCUUCCAGAUCCUCAGUAUCUUCAUGUUGGUCCAGUCGCUGCUGGCCCUCACCUUCAGACCACUCAUACCCAGUGGGAUGUGCCCGAUGCCGGGCAUGGGAAUGGACGGAGGUCCCCCGUCCGGCCUGGAGUCAGCAAGCAGGUGGCAGAAGGGCCUGGCCAAAAUCAGGAAGUACUUUAACGUACGAGUGUUUGGUGUGCUGACCUAUCGGGUUUGGGCGUUUGGUGUCGCCACGGCAGUUCUGGGAUACUUCGUUCCAUACGUGCACCUGAUGAACUUUGUGAAGGAGCAGUUUAAAGACACUCAGAGGGAAUGGGUGCUGCUUGUGUGUAUCGGAGCGUCGUCUGGAGUCGGUCGACUGCUGUUUGGGAAGAUCGGAGACCUCAUACCUGGAGUAAAGAAAAUCUACAUGCAGGUGGCCUCGUUCAUAUUACUGGGUCUGAUGUCCAUGAUGAUACCUCAGUGCACCGUGUUCGAAGGUCUGGUGGGGGUUUUCGUAUUGAUGGGUCUUUGUGACGGCUGUUUCAUCACUAUCAUGGCCCCAAUUGCCUUUGAGUUGGUAGGGCCCAUGCAGGCGUCUCAAGCCAUCGGCUACCUCCUUGGCCUCAUGGCCAUACCAAUGACAGCAGGACCACCGAUCGCAGGUGAGGAGCUUAAAAAAAGAAUUUCAUCUGUUAGAGUAAUUACUUUGCAUUUAAACAUUUACAUUUUGAUGCUGGUGAGGCAUGAAGAAUGA